UGGCCGCAACUCUCCGCGAGCUACUACUACCUGCCACCAUAGUCGCGUCUCUUACUCUCUUCGUCUCGGUUGAGAGACAGAGAGAAGAGGGAGGAAAUUAAAAUGAAGUCCUCCGUCGUGAUUGCUCUAGCAGCAGCGGUGCUUCUGGUCGCGGCACAGUACGCCUCCCUCGCCGACGCCAAGGGGCCAAGGGUCAUCAUCGUCGGCGCCGGCAUGUCCGGGAUCUCGACGGGGAAGCGGCUGUGGGAGUCGGGUGUCCGGGACCUGGUGAUCCUGGAGGCGACGGAGCGCGUGGGCGGGCGGAUGCACAAGCACAACUUCGGCGGCCUCAACGUGGAGAUCGGGGCCAACUGGGUGGAGGGCGUCGGCGGCGACAAGCUCAACCCCAUCUGGCCCAUCGUCAACUCCACGCUCAAGCUCAGGAACUUCUACUCCGACUUCGACAGCGUCGUCGGCAACGUCUACAAGGAGGACGGCGGUGGCCUCUACGACGAGGACUACGUGCAGCAGCGCAUGGACCGCGCCUACGAGGUGGACGACAUGGGCACCAACCUUACCAAAAUGAUGGACCCCAGCGGCCGCGACGACAUCUCCAUCUUAGCCAUGCAACGGAUGUUCAACCACCAGCCGAACGGGCCUGCGACGCCGGUGGACAUGGUGCUGGACUACUUCAUCUACGACUACGAGUUCGCGGAGCCGCCGAGCGUGACCAGCCUGCAGAACACCCACCCGCUGCCCACCGAGGCCGACUUCGGCGAAGACAACCAUUUCGUCGCCGACCAGCGGGGGUUCGAGUCCAUCAUCCACUACAUCGGCAGCUCCUACCUCGCCACCGACGCCAACGGCACCAUCUCCGACCGCAGGGUCCUGCUCAACAAGGUGGUGCGGCAGAUCGCCUACAACAACCGAGGUGUGGUGGUGAAGACGGAGGACGGCUCGUCGUACGGCGCGGACUUCGUGGUCGUCUCCACCAGCUUGGGCGUCCUCCAGAGCGACCUCAUUCAGUUCACGCCCCAGCUGCCUUUCUGGAAGCUGGCCGCGAUCUACCGGUUCGACAUGGCGGUGUACACCAAGAUCUUCCUCAAGUUUCCCCGGCGGUUCUGGCCCGUGGGCGAGGGCAAGCAGUUCUUCGUGUACGCGAGCCGGCGCCGCGGCUACUACGGCAUGUGGCAGUCGUUCGAGCGGGAGUACCCGGGCGCCAACGUGCUCCUGGUGACGGUCACCGGCGACGAGUCGCGGCGGAUCGAGCAGCAGCCCGACAGCGUCACCAAGGCGGAGGCCGUCGCCGUGCUCAGGAACAUGUUCCCCGACGCCGACGUCCCCGACGCCACCGACAUCUACGUCCCGCGCUGGUGGUCCAACCGAUUCUUCAAGGGCUCCUACUCCAACUGGCCCAUCGGCGUCAACCGCUACGAAUACGACCAGCUCAGGGCGCCGGUUGGGAGGGUUUACUUCACCGGUGAGCACACCAGCGAGUACUACAACGGCUAUGUCCACGGAGCAUACCUUGCAGGUGUCGACUCUGCGGACAUCCUGAUCAACCGCAUCUUCAAGAACGAGGAGUACGAGGUCCGUGGCAAGUACGACAACCAAGCUGCAGAGGUAAACGGGAAGGUUAUUGCAGAGGCUAAAUGAAUGACCAUGAUGAGCUGACGUGCCCUGCUACACCACACCAGCUCGAUCAUCAAGGGAAUAAUGAUAAGCUACUCGUCGAGAUGAAAUCAUGAUGCCUUUUUUUUCAGUAAAACUUUUUUUUCAGGCUUUAAUUCGCUUCCCAGUCGGUGGUUCAUACGUUUCUGUCUUGUGUUCUCGGAUGUAUUUUCUGCCGUCGUAAUAAAAGCACAGGCACUCUGCUCCUGUUUACUGGUUUA